CACGCACCAACCAGACCCUCUGGAUCAUGACAAGAGAGCCUCGCUGACUCUAAACAAACAUCUCCUGAUUCCUGACAGCUGCUGCAGACACUAACAGCAAUUUCUGUUGAAACCACAGCACCAGCACGCAGGAGACGCACAGAAGACGGAGACGGAAAGGUGCCAGCGCUCGUCGCCUGGAGGAGAAAAGCCAACUGGUGUUUCAGAUACACGGAAGAACGUGGAGCUUCAAAUGACAGUGUGCUCUGCUGAUGGAAAGUGCUGGAAAUUAGGCAGGGAGAAGCAAAGAAAGGCACCAAAAGCUGAAGUAUUGGGCUUCUGUAUUCUGACCCCGUUUUGGCGCCGUUUUUUGGUGAUUUCUGGUGUGGAAAUGGGCAAAGAGACAGGCGCUCUGCAGAGCUUUUAGCACCGGUCAUUUGUUUUUGCAGAAAAAGAAAAGACUUUAUUUAUGCUGCGCCUAGGUACUGAGUAACUUUUUGACACCGGUUUUUCAACCCCCCCCCUCCCUAAAAAAAGGAAAAGAAGAAUAAGUCUUAAGUAGGCAGGCAACAUGGCCAACUCUGGGUUCCAGAUUCUGGGCUAUUUCCUGGCGUUGGGCGGAUGGAUCGGCAUCAUCUCAACCACCGCUCUCCCACAGUGGAAGCAGUCGUCUUACGCCGGGGACGCCAUCAUCACCGCCGUGGGGCUCUACGAGGGCCUGUGGAUGUCCUGCGCUUCGCAGAGCACCGGCCAGGUUCAGUGCAAGGUGUUCGAUUCUCUGCUGUCCCUGGAUGUGCACAUCCAGACUUCCCGGGGCCUCAUCGUUCUUUCCGUGCUGAUGGGCUUCAUCGCCAUCAUCAUCAGCGUUGUGGGCAUGAAGUGCACAAGAGUCGGAGACAAUAACCCUCUCGUCAAGAGCAGGAUUGCUAUUUCUGGGGGGGUCCUCUUCCUCCUUUCAGGGCUCUGCACAUUUGUCUCGGUCUCCUGGUAUGCCACACAAGUCUCCCAGCAGUUCUUUAACCUCAACACACCCGUAAAUGCAAGGUACGAGUUCGGCUCGGCUCUGUUCGUGGGCUGGGCGGCGGCCAGCCUGACCAUGCUAGGGGGGGCCUUCCUGUGCUGCUCCUGCCCCCCGGAGGAAGGAGCUGGCCAGCAGUAUUACAGGCACUCGCAGUCCCAAGCCUCCACCGCCAGGGAGUAUGUGUGAGACCAGGAGGCUGCUGAGGGCUAUUGGACGCCAGUAACGAACACAAACUCACACACUUACAACACAGUCGCACACACGUAAUCUAGCAUUUCUGCCUUACAUAUAACCUCACGCUAGUGAUAGACAAAACGAUGCCACAUGAACCUUUUGCUGUAUUUUUGAGCCCACUAGUUGGCGGUCUUUGUCCAAAAAGGAGCACAAAGUAUGCUCUAAAGCAAACCAAGAGCACCAUCUAGUGGGAUCAAAAAAUACAGCAGAUGGUUCAUGAAGGGUCAUUUUGUCCAUCGCAACCUCACACCAUCAAAAUGUUUUGGCAGCUUUAAUUUCUUAAAGAUGGUGUAAAAGGCCAUUUCAUGUUAUGGCAUAAUGUCUUUUCUAAAGGGACAUAUAGUCUAAUCUGGAGGCAAAACCAAAAUUAUUACCCCUUGAUAAAGACAGUAAAAUCCUUACAUACAAUAACACAUUCACACCAAAAAUACACAGAUAAGUACAUGCACAAAGAAACAUUUAGCUAGAAUGAUACAGGGAGAUAAGAUUAAUGGUAUAUAGUCAUAUAUUAGCAUCAUAUAAUCCAGUAUCAUUUAUUGUGUUUGGGGAGUGCUAAAUUGCGGCACUGCUCUAAAAAGAACAGUUUGCCUUAACAUAAUAAAAAUAUUGUUUUUUUCAUUUGAGAAAAACAGUCCAGUCAAACCCCCCCUUCAAAAUCCCACGUUAUUUUGGUGACCCUGUACGAGCCCAUAUUUAAACUACACAGUUGCUUUUUUUUGUAAUUAGGUAUGAUAGUGUAUUCGUUGUUUAAUAAAUACGUACAACCUCAGCAUUUAUCAAACGCGAUUGCUAAUCGAAGACUGCAAAUAAUUUUAAUCGGAAGGGUUGAUUGACAGUGUAUAACACAUGUGGAUAUGGAAGAUGAUAAGCUUGACUUUUCUUUUGUCAAGAUAUUCAUAGAAAGCUGAUAUUUGUUUUAAAUAAAGACGGGGAUUUCAGAAACUGAACAAAGAUAUUGCUCUCAAACUGUACUAAUUCUAUGUCAUGUUCAGCUCUGAGCUUUUUUUCUGCAUAGUUUACAUACGGGUUUAAUUUAGAUUAACGGGGUGUAAUUCAAUAUGCACCAUAAUUAUUGCUGCAGUAUGUGUGUAGGUUUAUGCAGCACAUUUUCGAUUAUGUUUUGAAAACGUACACAGUUUAUGACUUUGGAGACUGUGUUCUUUAAAAAAUACCGCGCCACCCUUAAAGUGGACUAUAGUAACAGCGGUCUCAGAGUGACUCUAUAUACAUCGUUUAAAACCGAAACUAGUAAUCAUUUUUAUUUUUUACUAGCCUAUAUUUUGAUGAUCCAUAGUCUUACUUAAACUAAAAACAAUCACCUUUGAAUUAAAUUACAAGCACACAUGAUACAUGCUGGUUUUAGCAUAUUAGUAAUUAACUGUAAAAAAGCUGUUCUGUUAAUAUUAGAAUGAAAAAGUUAAACUAGUAGUAAUUAUUAGUUAUGGUAUACAAUACAUUAUGAAGUAUAUAUAAAUUCAUUAAUCGACUUUCACAAAAAUGUCAAUAUAAUCAUUUUCAGUUUAAUGGAGAUCUGGUCAGACUUUUUUUCGGGUGUAGAGGCAGUGGCCCCCCCCCCCCCCCCCGAUACACGCCAAAUGUUUGUUUCCAAUUAAAACGCACGUACAGAAGUUGUAUUGUUGGACAAGUACUAUUGCCAGUAAAUUGCAAACCCAGCUAAACUAAUUUAUUCCAGCUGCAAUAAAAAGAAAUCGUUACUGCGUUUCAUGCAUUUCCCUGAUAACCAAAAAUUACACCAGUGUGGUAAAAUUAUAAAGUCACGCUAUCGCCAAACCCGAGCAUACUUGCGCGACACUGUUUAACCAGUCCUGUUUCUACUGAGAAAUGCGUAAGAUUCCAUUUACAUUUUGAAAUAAAACUGGGUUUUUAAAA